AAAUGCCUUACUUAAUGAACAUGGAGCAGCACAGGAAGAAAUUAACAAACUUAGUGAUGCCUAUGCCAAGCUUCUCGGUCACCAAAAUCAGAAACAAAAGAUCAAGCAUGUAAUGAAAUUGAAAACUGAGAACUGCCAGCUUAGACAGGUAUGUCAAUUAAUCUUGAAUGGUAAACUUACAUGGCAUGAAUGGUGAUUUACUAAACAUAGUGUAGCAUCUACAGAGCUUCACGUCCCCUCAUCUCACCUGCUACCUUUAUUGCAACUGUGACCUCCAAUAAACUAACCAUUCGCUGUAAACUAUUUUCAUAACCUUUUUCUCAUACAUAACAUACAUCAUAUGUUCUAUAAUCGCACCUAAAUUUACGAACUAUUGACUACAAAAUUUGAACAUACCACAUAAACUGUUUGUUUAUGCACAGGAAAAUAAUGCAUCAUUAAAACAAUGCAUUGUGAAUUUUAGCACAACAUUAGCAUAAUAAUAGUACCCUACAUCGGCAGUGAAAUGAUUAACUUCAUUUUAACUCCUUAGGUGGACAUCGCAACCAUUGAUACCUCAGAGUACAAAUCCAAAAGUAGACAGCCCUCAAUAAGGCUUAUCCUAAGAUCUUUCGAUUAUUAUAUUUGUAGCAGAUGGCACUGUGGCUGUCCUUAAAAGACUAUGAGAAUCCUGCAAUUCGUGUGUUCUGUUUUGUUAUUCCCUGUAACUAGCAUUCGUAUGUUUGUUCGGUAGUUUCCGUAUGUAUUUCAUUCGAAUGGAAACUACCGAACUAAUAGACCUCCCCAGAGUGAAGUGUGUUCCCAAUUAAGUGUCGAACAUGUGUUAACUGCAAACUAAUAGCUGGUUUAUUGCUGUAUCUGGGUGGCUGCCAUUCAACAUACGAACACGUGGCGGCGGCCAUCUUACGCACGAAAGACUCAGCGGUGUUUGGUCGGCGAGUGUCUGGAACUCAAAUCGGACACUCUAACACCGCUGACACCUCCAGAGCUCCAUAACUCCUGAACGGGAAGACGAAUCAGCCCCCCGUUCGGUGUGUUUGGAGUACUGAACAAGGGCAUUUAGGCGAAUGACCGUUUAUUCAUGGAUGGCAUGUAUUUUAAUGUAUCUUACCUUCUGAACAGAGACCGACCGCAGGGCCAAAACGCAUGGAACCCAUUUCGGAUAUCACCUUGUGUGCUGUCGGUCAAAUUUCACCCUCCUCCUAACUGCCGAUGAUCUGGUCCGAUCUGGUUGAAUUUUGGAUAUGUUAGUCACCCAGAUCACGGCUACCGGGGGGUACCCAAAGUAGGGGUGUACCUGCUAAGCUUGGGGUACAUCCAGACCUUGGGGAAAACUAUCCUGUAUAAUGGGAUUAGGUGUCAUACUAAGGGGAGGAGAAGUGUGGGAGGUAACUGCUAUUUCAUUGGAUACUGUAUUAAUGAAUGUGAAUCCCUCCCUUGCAUGGGAGAAAUGCUUAAAAGGAGGUUGUGUGGAAUAAACAUCAGUUCUGCUCCUGAUGCUGUGUGUCGUCCAGCCAUUGGGAUCUGUAUGGGGAUAUUCGUGGAUUACUUUGCUUAUUGGAAUUAUUGCUUCUUGGGAUUUUUCAUCACUUGUUCCUGAGCCUCACUGGGAUCUUAGUGGAGUUAACCUGUGAAAUACCAGGUCUCGCUACAAUAUGUAUAUACAGAGACCGUAAUCGGUCAUAGCAAUGUAGAACACUCAACAGGAAAAGAAGGGGUUAAAAAUGAUAGUGUAAUAAAUGAUUAAAUAGAUAUUAACUAAUCUAGGUGGUACCAAGUCUUCAUACUUUUUCUAAACAGUGAUCAAUCCAGAAUAGAGAUUGCACAUUGACAGUUAGAUUUAAAAUGAUCUACCACAAGAUAUAUUAAUUCACACUGCUAAAAUAGAUUGCAAAAUGGCUAAUGUGUGCAUUAACCCCAAGUAUCUGAACUAUAGUAAACCUGCAGACAGUUCUGCAUAAAGUUAGUUCUAAAAUAUUUCUAUCAUAUACAAGUAAGAUACUGAUGAUUCAUUGCAUUAUUAUUACAACAAUGGGUUAACUAGACACUUGACACAAUAACCGUUAACUCAAUCGCAUAUGACCGAUAAGGUCAUUAUCAAAACUGCUACAAUUGAAUGGUUAUAUAAAAAGGGGCUGUUCUCAUAAUCCGGUAAAUAAACCUGAAAUCGCUUAACCACAAUCACACAGUACCAUCGGAUUGGUGGCCGGUCACGGACCCGACACGGGGCUAACCGCUUAAAAGUUGAUGCAGAGUCAGUAUACACCUUACCCCUGACAAAGGUGCACAAGCUGUGCACCGAAACGCGUGUCGGGCAACUUUCUUUAAUUCACAGGGCACUCACUAUGACGUUGGUGUAUUAUACCAUGCAUACCUAAGCAUACAGGAUGGGACAUUUUUAUUCGCACGUUACAUUUUCUUUCUCUUUUUCAUACUCUGACUGUCUAGCAAGUUUAACAGGGAGAGAGGCUUUAUCUUAUUUCUAUGCUGUACUACCUUUUAGUGUAAUAGAACUUAUCUUAGGAAGUACUGUUAAUAGUCAUUACUAUAUCAAGACAAAAUUAUCCAGCAUGUUCUUGAAGGCAUGUACCAAUUACCUAAGACUUUUAUCAGCUAGCCUCCAAUAAUGUUCACAUACUGGAGUGAACAUUCACUAUAGAAAUUAUACUAUCUCCCUUUAAAAUAGCAAAAUAGCUUUUGUAUUCAUAUUGACUCUAUCGUUUGGUUUUGUGACAGGUGUAUAAUUGUUAAUUGCUUUCUACAAAUAUCCAGUUUAGAUCUGCAUUCAAAACUGUAACCUUUUCUCGUUUUGAAGGAUAUUUCAUAUUUCUGUGUCUUUUUGGUGACUAUAUUCAGGGUGAGCGGUUUUGCAGCAGCAAACCCCCUUAAACUGAAUAUUUCUAUAUUUAAAUUCCUACCCUUACCUCUUGUUCAAGUUGAUUAAAAAUAUUUGAAUUGAGUCAUACUGACUAGUAAUGUAAAACAUUCUCAUUCUUGUUGGUUGCUAUAAUCUUUAAUGUUUGCAAGCCAUUAAAGAUUUUAUAUUUAGAAUGUUUUCAGAUUAGUUUAAACCAUUCUGAACAUUUUGUCAAUUGCCCAAGUUGUAAACCAAAAUAGAGCCUAGAAUUUGAGUUCUCUGUAUUUUAAGGAUGUGCCCCAAUACAUAUACUAUAUUGUUUUUUUCUGUUUUUGUUUUUUUAAAGGACAGAAAGGACUUUUCUUUUUAUUUUCCUAUAUGCAUACCAAACACAUUUAAGUGUGAAUAAAAUGUUAAAAAUGGGGGUAAUGAUUUUUCACAGUUAUCCUUGUGAUUCAAUAAUUUUUACACAUCCAGUUUAACUGAACAAGAAAAAUUCAAAAUAAAUUGACAUAUUGGUGCUGAUUUGUUAAUGCCAACAUUAUCACCAACCCUAUGCUUGAGCUAACACUUACUGUAUAUCACUACCCUUAAAGGGACACUAUAGUCACCUGAACAACUUUAGCUUAAUGAAGCAGUUUUGGUGUAUAGAACAUGCCCCUGCAGCCUCACUGCUCAAUCCUCUGCCAUUUAGGAGUUAAAUCCCUUUGUUUAUGAACCCUAGUCACACCUCCCUGCAUGUGACUUGCACAGCCUUCCAUAAGCACUUCUUGUAAAGAGAGCCCUAUUUAGGCUUUCUUUAUUGCAAGUUCUGUUUAAUUAAGAUUUUCUUAUCCCCUGCUAUGUCUAGCUUGCUAGACCCUGCAAGAGCCUCCUGUAUGUGAGUAAAGUUCAAUUUAGAGAUUGAGAUACAAUUAUUUAAGGUAAAUUACAUCAGUUUUAAAGUGAAACCAGAUUUUUUUUGUUUGUUUGUUUUUUUUUUGUUUUGUUUUUUUUUUCAUGUAGGCUCUGUCAAUCAUGGCCAUUGGAGGUGUGGCUAGGGCUGCAAAAACAGAAACAAAGUGAUUUAACUCCUAAAUGACCAUGAAUUGAGCAGUUAAAUUGCAGGGGAAUGAUCUAUACACUAAAACUGCUUUAUUUAGCUAAAGUAAUUUAGGUGACUAUAGUGUUCCUUUAACCUUACUCUAUACCUAUCCCUAAACAGCUUACCUUAACCUAACCCUAAGAAAACCCUCUGCUUAUUAAUAUUAAUCUCCGCAUCUAGGUUUCCUAGUUAAAUAUGUGCUCGUCUUCUACUGGCUGUUUUCAGCAUGACAGGGAGAUUUCCCUGUAAAACUCCAGCAUGUUUUCCUAGUCAAUCACAAUUGGCAUGGAGGUUUUCCCUUAAGCCAAAAAUUCUCCCUCUACCUCCCUCCACCCUAAGCAUGUAUCGGUUUAACUCUUACCUAUUUUGGAUGAAGGACCUAAUUAAUUGAAUCAAUGCUUUUCUGUGGGGAUUUAGAAAAUCCUGAACAUUCAAAGCGUGAAGACAUCCAAUGUCCAUUGUCAGUUUCCAUUAGAGUUAAUGAAGUGCCUCUAGUGGCUCUAAAACUAAUAUUAUUUACAUUGCAGGGUUAAGGGGACAGGGACACUUCACCCAGACCACUUCAAUGUGAUGAAGUGGUCUGGGUGCCAGUAGUCUCCCUUUAAAUGCCCAUUUAAAAUACUCUAUGCAGCGCUUACUUUGAGCAUACAGCUCACUGGUCAGUCUGACAUCCCUAAAUAUGGCCCCAGCUGACAAAGGGGAGCCCCAGGAUUUAAAUCUUCUCACACCAAAACCUUAGGCCAUUCUAUGCUGUCCUGAUGGUGAUAAUACCCAAUUUGUGGAGGAUUGCAUGGAACAUAAUGAAGGGGUUUACAGUUAUAUCUGAACUGAUUUUGUUAUACACCAUUAGCAAUACAUUGAUAAUGAUGAAAUUAUUGCAAGGUUACUUGUCAUCAGUUAAUCACCUAUAUUUGGGGAACAACUUGAAUUGUUUUAUUUAAGUGGUUACUCCAACCAAAGAUCAGUGUUUUAAGAAAACGUUGGUGUAGCGGGACCUGGGUAACAGGCUGGUUAUUCCCUUUCUUAAAGGGACACUAUAGUGAGGUUGUUCAGGUGAGUACUAUAGCUCCCUGCAGCCUUUCUCAUGUAACCACUAUAUCUUGAGAAAAUACAGUGUUUACAUUGAAAGCUAGGAACACCUCCAGUUGUAGUCACUUAGAGUGAACCAGAGGGACUUGGGCGUUGAUGGAGGCAUAAUAUGCCUCCAUCAACUCAGAUCUGCUGUCAGCAGGGCACAGGGCAGCACUGUGCACAGCAUCCUGUGAUUCAGUAUCUCCUCCCUCUGCAUGCAGACACUGAACUUUCGUCAUAGAGAUUAAUUGAUUCAAUUAAUCUCUGAGGAGAUGCUGAUUAGCCAGGGCUGUGUUUGAAUCAUGCUGGCUCUGCCCCUGAUCUGCCUCUUUGUCAGUCUCAGCCAAUCCUACGGGGAAGCACUGUGAUUGGAUCAGGCUACCACAUGUCAGCAGACUGCUUGUUUUUCUGAGUCUAACUGCAUGGAGAUUUACAGCUUCAGGCUUGAAUACAGUAAGAUUUUUACUAUCUUUAUGGAGGCAUGAGGGGCCCAGGGGGGCUAGAUGGUGGUGUUAACACUAUAGGGUCAGGAAUACAUGUUUGUGUUCCUGACCUUAUAGUGAUUCUUUAAUAAUCAGUCAGACCCAUAAUCCCAGUAACUGGAUGGCACACAGUUCCAGGGUACAAUCUUUAUUUCUUUAUACAAUCUUUAUAUACUAACAGGACACACAUGAAAACACAUUACAUACAGGUGGGUGAACUUUGGGGGUGGGGGUGGGUUACAGGGUUAAACUUAUUGAUAAAUAUCAGCGGGUCCCACCUCGGAUCCCUGCAAAAAGCAGGGUGAUCGGAUGUACAGAGCCUGAGAUAUCAGCAUCCAAAGUCUGGGGCUCGAGGAUCUGUACAUCCCCGAAAUUAUUUCCUGGGAGCUGCAUGGUUUAGUCUGGCGAAUUCAAACUUUGCGCCUAAACCAAGCAACAGCUAAUCGGCUGAAUGGGUGCGAACCAAAUCGCGCCAAUCAGCGCUCAGAAGAGGAAGGAGUUUUGCCACCCAAUCCGAAGAAAGGGCACGAAACCUAAUUGCACCAAUCAGCGUCUGGGGCCAGAGGGGCCUCUCUGCCCAGUCAGAUGAAAGGGCUUGAAAACCAGUUUGAACGGGUGCUCCUGCUCUGAUUGACCGGCUUGUUCAGGAGACGAAUGCUCACCCUGGUGGGCGUUCAGUGAUACAAACCGGCGGCCACCCAUGGGAAGCACGCGCCGCUUGUUCCCUUGAGAUCUGCGGUUUUCACACCUAGUUAGCGAGAUGUGAACAUUCUAACUAAACGUUCUAAAUGGGGUAUCAGGGUGGUCCGGCACACUGGGCACUGGAGCGCCCCCGUGUGGUUAAAAGGUAACUUGCAUGUUUUAAGGUCAAAAUUAAGGAAGGGGGGGAACACACAAAGGGAAAGGGCAAUUCACAGUUAAGCAGCGGUCCCGCCACAGUUGUUUUUUUGUUUCCCAACUGGAAAAAAGGAUGAGUCCUCCCUUCAGUCCGAUCUUACUCUGCUGAUGUUACUCCUCCACGGAGUGGGCAGAAGGUCAGGGAGUAUGGACUGAGAGGGGUUGGGGACAUGCCAUUAUUGGCUAUCUGGCACCAGCAUGCUAUGCGUGCUGGUGUCCGACUUAAAAUUUCACAGGAUUGAUGCACAAAUAUGCUGCAGGAUGUGAAGUUCCAGCAGCACAGGGCUGUGUGUAUAUAUGUUUGUUCGGCAGGCACCUUCAAAUCACUGACAUCCCUGUAAAUGCAUAUAGCACCUCUAGUGGCUAUUUGGUAGAUAGCCAGCAGAGGCAGUCUUAACCCUGAAAUGAAACUGCAGUGUUAUAUAUUGCAGGGUUAAGGGGACAGGAACAGUGCACCCAGAAUACUUUAAUGAGAUGGUGGCCUGAGUGCUUAUAGGAUCCCCUGUAGUAUAACAUUAUAUAGCAAACUUGAAAAGAAAAAAAGCCCUGAAAUGGUUUACCUUGCUAGGUGAUGCACAUCUGGUUUCUGCAGAGCUGAGAGCAUCAUAAUUAAUAUUACCCAGCAUGGAACUCUUGUUCCGAGCAAGCUAAUGGUCCUGCAGAGGUGGCGUUAUACCUCUGUACAUAUGGAGAUGUUUUAUUUUGAAAAAUCUCAUAUACAGGCUCUAAGCACCAUGAACACUUCAAAUCACUGACGUGGUCGUGAUGCUUACAGUAACCAUUUAAGGUAAGGUGUUCAUUGUACGCACAUUUGCAGGAUUAAAAAGGGAUUAAGGUCAUUUUCUGUAUGUUUGUGUAUUUUAAACCUUUUGAUUUGGGGAAAACUUUCUCUACAGACACAAUUUCAAUUAAUGGAAUUUAUUUACCAUAAAUGUGAACAUUUCAAUAUAUAACCUCAUGCUAUAUAACUAAUCCUUAUUUCGUGCUGAGUAAAUGUUGGGCUGUAAUGUAUCUUAAAUGGAAAACUAUUUUAGAAGCAUUUUUAUUAAAAGAAAUGUACUUUUUAAAAUCAGAUUUUUGAAUGAAUAAACUGUUUUUGCUAAUUGUAUGUUUCUUUGUUUAAAAUGUUUAGGAGGUAUCCAAACUUCGUUCUCAGCUUGCAAAAGAGAAGCAGGCAGAAAAACAGUUGCAAGAACAACUCAAUGAUAUCCAGAAUGUAAAACAAUUUGACCCAUCAAAAGCCUUCCAGCAUAAUGUCAAGGAAAAUAUAGUUCCUAAAGUUCCAUUACGAGAAGGUAAUGUGUUUUUUUUUGGUUUGUUUUGGUAUUCUUUCUUCUAAUGAAGGAUGUUCGAUUUGUUUCUGAUAGCUUAAAGGACCAGUAAUGUCACCCAGGCAAUUUCAUUGAGAUCAAAGACCUGGAUGCAGUGUUCCUUUAGUUUUAAUAAUGCAAUGUAAAAUUGUAGAUUGCAGGGUUAAAUUCACCUCGUGUGUCUGUUUUCCCAGACAGCCACUAGAGAUGCUUCCGCUGCAAUGACCAAGUAAAACUGUCAGGUGACAUUGCAGCUCCCAUAGGAAAUCAUUGAUUUAAUGGUUUGAAUGUGCUCCUCUUUGAGGAGCAUUGGAUUGAACCAUCGUGGGGGGGCAUUGAAUCCUCAAUGACAUCACAAGGAGAGGUAAGCAGUGCAGAGGGAGCCUCCGCACUGGAUAAAAGUGAGCAAAAGGCUUUAUUUUUUUUUAUUGUUGUACACGCCUCGGCGACAUCUAAAUAGGGACAGAGACAUUAAGGAGUUAGGCAUGCAGGUUUGUAUUCACAACGCUUUAGUGUUCCUUUAAUCACAACCUCUUUAAGAGCUCACUGGUGAAAGUUAGGAUUCUACUUUGGAUUCAGUAACCUUUCAGGAUUGGAAUGGAAUGAGACAGGGCUGCCCAGACAGACAAAUACAGACAUAACCUUUUCACAGAUGUUCUUCUCCUUUCGUUGAUCUCCCUUACUAACCUGUUUGCCAUAUUUCAGCUUCUGAGAAGCCAUCCAGUUUUAAGAUUAAUUUUUCUAAUUGGUGAGGAACUGAAUGUGUCCCGUUCUAGGGUCCUGAAUUGCCUCUGAUGCUGUUACCUUACAGGUUGAUGCCAAUACACCUUAAAGGUACAUUUAACUCGCCAUGACUACAGCAUGCCAUAGGAUUUUUUUUGGGGGGCACCCUGCCCACACACCAAGCUAAAUAGUUAAACCAUUUGUGAAUUUACCUGGUGUUCACAGGGCACCAGUCAGGAGUGCAAUACAGAGAGCUGCUAGCACUCAUGAAGGAAGUGACUGUUAACACUGACAACUUAUCUGGGGUCUGCCAGAUGCCAAAGAUUUUUGACUACCUACUUUGCCAGGGCAUUCGGGGGGGGGGAAAUAGGUGCAAUGAAGCCAUUAUGUCAGAGAAUUGUCUGUUCUUGGUAAAGUGUCCCCAAGCAAGACAAAUUAAAGCACAGACAGUGUUUUUUACACUAUUGCAGAUGUCCAGUCUAAGUUUAAAGGGAUACUGUAGUGUCGGGAAUACAAAGCUCCCGAUCCCUCUGCCUCUCCCCUCCCUUGUGCCAACCCCCACCCCCAUCCUGGGAAAAUAAAGUGUUAAAAACACUUUAUUUACUUACCCUAUCCCAACGAUUAUGUUAAUAGUUCAACAUUUACAUUUAUAAAAAGAUAAGAAAAGUGUCUGCUUAUUUUACAAGUGCUUUGUUGUUUGAGGAUGGCUGGCAAUAAAUAUGGCCUUGUUUAUUAAAGAGAUACUCCAGCCUCAGAGCAUUAACCCAGUUCAAAUGCAUUUUGAUUUGGAUUUGCCAUUCAUCCUGUAUUUUUCCUUUACUUUUGGUGUGAUAAACAAAAUGUUGCUGCUUAAUACAGCAUAACUGCCAUUUAAACAAACAUCCUCUCUUCUCAAAACUUUCUUAGAAGUACUAUAUUCAGCUGAGCCAGUGUGAUCUGAGCUGCUCCCAUGACUCUGCUCCACAGUCCUUAUAUGCUCCUUAGCACUAUUUGGAAUACUAUACAGAAAAUACGAGGAACAUGAUUGACUAUGUGUCAGUAUUGGCGUGGAACCUAAAUGAGCAGACUAUAAUACAAUAACUAUACAAGCAAUAUACCAGUCCUUAGAGGGGCUUGGCUAAUUGUAGAGGAGUCAGAGAAUGCAACGGUCAAGGACUGGAGGAAAUAUGGAUACGUUUUAACAAGCCACGGUCAAAGGAUACCAGAGAUCAGGAGAAAUGAAAUUCUGAUAGCUCUUGGGCUACCAGAACCACAACAGGGCAACGAGAAGUGGGAGAGGAAAGUGUAUACAUAGGUUAAGCUUUAAAGGGACACUAUUGUAACCCAAAACAACUUUAGCUUAAUGAAGCUGUUUUAGUGCACAAAUCAUGCCCCUGCAGUCUCGCUGCUCAAUGCUCUGCCAUUUAGGAGUUAAAUUUUGUUUGUUUAUGCAGCCCUAGCCACACCUUCCCUGGCUGUGACUGAGAAAGCUGACAUGAAAACAAACUGGAUUCAUGUUCAGUCAGAUGUAACUUACUUUUAAGUGUUUUAUCUCCUGCUCUGUAAAUUGAACUUGAAUCACAUACAGCAGUCUCCUGCAGGCUCUAGCAAGCUAAUAACAGAGCAAGAGAUCAGAAGUUCUAAAUAAAACUGAAUUAGAUGACUUAACAGGAAAUGUUUAGGAAGGCUCUGUAAGUCACAUGCAGGGUGGUGUGCCUAGGGCUACCUAAACAAAAAUGAUUUAACUCUUAAUGGCAUAGAAUUGAGCAGUGAGACUGCAGUAGCAUGAUCUAUACACCAAAACUGUUUCAUUAAGAGUACGUUGUUCUUGUGACUAUAGUGUCCCUUUAAUUUCUAUUGGCCCAUGUCAUAAGUUAAUUCCUUAUGAUACGUAGAAUGCAGAAAUCCUUACUAGCAUAUUUGUAAAUGUCAUAUUUGUGCGCCGAAUUUGGUCUGGCAACUUAGCCAAUCAGACCCGAAUUCGGCGUUCCAGAAAACACUGCAGCGCACAUGCAUUCAGUGUUACAGAGAACAGAUUCAGGUAAGAGGUACAUGAUCCCUAUACUAUUCAGUGUUCAGUCAGCAGCUCAGCUAACACUGAUCUCUUAUUGUCUGAAGUUCCUUAUGCACCUUUCAGUCAGGAAGUUGUUUUGUAAAAAGUGAAGGCAUGGCAAGGGCUGGUGAUAUGCUAUAUAAAUCGGAAAAACAUUUAAUUUAUUUUUGCAAAAUGUAAGAUUUGAACAGUGAUAAAAACAUUCAACAAAUGAGGCCAACGUUGACCAAAUCUAUUGAGAGAGAAUCUGUGCCAGUGUAUAUCUGUUCACGUGUCCUAUUUAUUGUUUUUUAUAAUGCUUUAUCAUUUGAAGUAAUUGUGUGUUUGUUUGUUUUUUUUUUAACAGGAAACCGAAAGAAAAUCUGAUUCUUCGCUCAACUUCAUAUAGUGGAUCUAAAGAUUUAGAAAUAUUUGAUUUGCAUCAUAAAAUACUGCUUGUGUGUGUAUAUUAUAAUUUUAUUUUGGUUUUCUUGCUUUUUGUCUGAAGAAAUCAUGUGACAUGCAGAUUAUAUUUUAUUAACUCCUUUGUCAAUAAGUGACUAAAAAUAGAACAUUGUUUUAAUUUGGGUGAUUUUUAAAUAAAGAUUUUAUCUAUUUGCUUUUUCUCACACGUACUAUAUUUCUCCUGUUUCUGAAUAUUGGGGGUGGAGGGGGAUGUUCUGAUUACACCACAAGUUGUCCUUACACUACAUAACUUCUGAUUACACCACAAUUUGUCCCAAAACGAACAUCGGACAUGUGCCCCAGUAUAAAAUGUUUUUUUGUUUAAAAGGACACUAUCGGCACCAAAACAACUUUAGUGUAAUAAAGCUGUUUUCCUCUCUCACUAUUCAAUUCUGUCAUUAAGGAGUUAAAUCACUCUGUUUCUACACCCACAGUCACACCUCCAUAAAUUUAGUUUGCACAGCCUUCCUAAACACUUCAUAUAUAGAGAGAUUAUAUAAUGUUUAAACUUCCUUUAUUGCAUAGUCUGUUUAAUUUAGAAUUUAUCUGUGCUUACUCCACAUGACCUAGAGCUUACACAUGCCGGGAAGGAUCUCCAUGCUCGUGUUGCACAAUCCAUUAGGUGACUGGGUCUCAUUGGAGGCAUGACAGACAACACUGCUGCCUCAACUUCAUGAAGAAGAUUGAAGUUAUGGCCAGGGAAUAAAGGGGCCCCCUCGGGCAAGCAUUAGUCCUAGCUACUACUAACCCGUCUAUGCCGAGGGACAUUAGGAGUAAAACCACAGGGCAUCUUCGACACAGACAGAAGGCUGUCUGCAACCAGCGGUUCACUACCAUCCAGGCAUUCUGUUACUCCCUUUUCGGGCAUGGACUUGAACUCUUUGAGCCCCUGAGUCCCUAGUCUGAAGAUGCCAGCCGGCAUCCAGGCCCUGUUCAUUCCUGUACUUUUGUUGCCUUCCAUUAUCCCUUUGUACAUGGCAAAUGAUUCCCAAUACUAGGAAUUGGAUCAUCAUGGUUAUGUCGACCCAGGCAGCCUAACACCUACUUUUGGAGACUUGCCCAACUAUCUAGAGACUUCAUCCUUAUUAUCUAAACAUCAAUAUUUGUAUUUGCUUGUUUAAGCUUUAUUCUUGUUGCCACACAUUUAUUUUCUCUUAUUUUUAAAAUUCAACAGUUGAGUGCAGUGUAAUGGUAGUGAGUUCAGAACCAGUGCCUUUCAUAUUCUAAUACAUUGUGGCAAACCCCUAUUUACCUGACCUUGCUGAGAACCCAUGGAGCAGCCUGCUUGCCAGCCUCCUGCCCACAGACUAUGGGCCCUGCAGGGAAACCUGUAAAAGACUACCAAACUUGACCGACUGUUAGCACUGAUUUCCCUGGAACAGUUUUGAACAUGGGGCCAUGCUUGCGGUUGGUCAAAAAUAUGACUUCCAGGAAAUUCCUAUGGCAGUGUCUCAUUGUAUGACUCUUUUUAUUGGUUUGUUCACUUUGUGUCCCUGUGCCCAACAAGGUCCACCUGGGUGUCGCCCUUGUUGGAAAAUUUGCAUAAAAGGCUAUUGUGCCUUCAUUAAAAUGGUAUUCCAGCUUACACUUCAAAACUGUGUGUCGUCCUAUUAUUGGAGGGAAAGAAGAUCUGCUCCUGUGUCUGCUGUUCCAGCUUGCAGGAGAUUCAACGGGGAAAGGAUUAGAACAAAUUCCCCUUUUGGUUCUAGAGCUCCCAGGACUGUGUGUCAUUCAGUGCCUGGGGGUGUCAGAGCUAAUUCCUCAUUUGGCUCCAGGAAGGAGGUGGCGGUUCCAGGAUGGCGACUGAGGGAAAGAGUGCUGCGGUUCGUCCCCUGUUCCUGCUACUCUAUUUGGAUUAGGAGAGGUCUACCCAUGGGAAGUUAGUUCCUGGUCUUGGGUCCAGGGUGGGUGGAGGACAGCAAGACCCCAACCAAGCUGCGGCGGUUCGUGGGUCUAAGGUGGUUAUGGUGUUCCAGUGCGGUGAUUAUGGUACUCACAAGUACUAUGAAGCAGCGAUAGACGGAGGUACCCAGACAUACAUGCCUAUAUUCUCUACUCUCCUUACUGUGCCUCGUUUCUGCUUCAGGUUUAUUUGUCAGACUUCCUAUCCAUGCUCAUGAGUAGCCCUUGUUUAUGCUUACGCUUGUAGGCAACUAAUAUUCUGCACCCAUACCGACACAAGUAUGUUUCUCAUGAGGAAUUACUGUUUUCUAGUUCUAUAUCUGCAGGCUCAAUGUUUAUCAUGUUCUAUUUACUUGUUCCAAAACAUGCAAAUUCAUUGACAGGUCAUGUACUAUGCUUGCAAUGUUUUCUGUCACCUACAAACUCAUGGAAAUGCCACUGUAUAUCUGAUUGUUCAUCACUGC